AUGCACCCCGGCUCCGCGACAUCAACGCCCUUCUCCGUGGAAGAUAUUUUGAGGCUGGAUUACCACAAUGACUGCGGUAACUACUUUGUGAUGAGCGACCACGUCGGUGCGUUGUUUCCACACCAGAAUACACGUGCCGGCGACUUUUACGCCUGUCAGCAGAGCAUCUCUGGGACGAAGCUGGACGCUCACGAUGAUGCAGCAGCAGAAGAGAUGAACGAAAAGGAGAUUUGUUCUGUGUUCAAAUCGCAGGACACCGGCCGGCCCCGCGGGAGCGAGCCCCGGCUGCGCAGGAAGCCACGCGUCCUCUUCUCCAGGCCGCAGGUGUCCGAGCUGGAGCGGCGCUUCAGGGCGCAGCGCUACCUGUCCGCGCCGGAGAGAGAGCAGCUGGCCCGCACGCUGCAGCUCUCCCCUACCCAGGUCAAGAUCUGGUUCCAGAACAGGAGGUACAAAUGCAAGCGGCAGAGACAGGACCGCUCUCUGGAGCUGGCGCCGAGGCGCGUCGCGGUGCCGGUGCUGGUGCGGGACGGGGAGCUCUGCUCGGCGCCCUGCAACGUGACGGUGGGACACUACGGCCCCGUGUUCGGCUGUGGGAAGAGCAGCAGCAGCAGCGUGUAUGGAUGCGGGUUUCACAGUAUGAACGCCGCUCAGAUGUCCAGAAAUCAGCUGGUGGAUUUAAUCAGUGACACAGAGAAUCCCUUCAGCCACAGUCACUUUCAGACUCCUGUACACGAUGUAAGAGGCUGGUGA